AUUAAACCCAAAAAAUCAUCUCUCCUUCGUCCUCCGUCUCUUCUCGAACUCCUCCCUCUCCAGAACCAGAAACCCUAGAAACCUCAAUUCGAGCUGGUACUCAAUAAGUUCCGUUUCGCUUAAAUCAUAGAGAAACUAAAGAGAUGGGUGAGGACGAUCUUGACGACGGAUAGCUGGUGAGCUUGCGAUGGCUUGAUGUGAGGGGUGCUUGCGAGGACGCUUGCGGCGACGAAGCUCGUUCCGCCAGAGGCCGAGAAUUAGCUCCGGGUGGGCAGCUUGUUUGCCCUCUCUGUCGAACGAAGGUUCUCCGUCAUGUUCAUCUACGACCUUUUAGUCUACGGCAGGACAAUCACAUGAUUGUAUAUGACUUCACUAGCAGAUAUUAUUACUUGGUCACCCAGGCAGAUAUGGAUUGGAAAGAAGAUUUGAUUUCUUUACAUUGUUGAGGUGGAAGAGGAUAUGCAGCUGUGAUUUUCCUGAAGCGUUGCUUUGGUUUGAGAUGUCUCUUGUGCAUGUCAAACAUGUUGACCAACCAUGUAUGGGUGUUUUGUGAGUUCCUUUGAAGGGGGAUUGUGUGAUUAAGCUUAUGAUUUCUAUAGAGGCCUAAUUAAUGUUGUUUUUCUGUUCAAGAAAAAGAACUUUAUAGAGUUUUUUUUGAAGAUUUUUUUUCUUGUUUUAUACAAUUGUUGAUGGUCCUGAAGAUUGCUUGGGCUGAGAGAGUUCUCAUGCAGUGGGAGGGACUCAACUCAACAAAUUAGUGAAGGCCUUGUUGCACUAGUUCAGGACUAAAAUGUCUGGUUGUCUGCUAGCAAGGCAUGUAACUUCUUGUUUGCUGCUAUUAUCUUGUGUGGUUAUGGCGUGGCCUUGAUAUAUAUGGUCUCGCCUUGGGAACUUGUCCAAGUGAUGUUACACUAAAUGGAGAGAAAUCUGGGAAAAGGUAUGACAGAACAACAGAAAAACCAUGACCAAGUUCGGUACAAUACUGUUGAAACUAGAAAUGAGGGACUUGGGUCUGCAAAUCAAAAGUUUCUCCAUGAUCCAUCAAAUACCAUUAAUAGUAACAUGAGGCCGCCAGAUUUUAAUAUGCCAGUUGGAACUAGACCUGUGCUGAAUUAUUCCAUUCAGACUGGUGAGGAAUUUGCUCUUGAAUUUAUGCGGGAAAGGGUGAAUCCUAGGCAGCACUUUGUCGCAAAUGCUUCUGGUGAUUCUGCUGGUGCAAUUGGCUACAUGGAUCUGAAGGGUAUCCUAGGAAUUUCUCAUACAGAGUCAGAAAGCAGUUCAGAUAUCUCUAUGCUUACGUCAGUAGACAGAAACCGUGUCCAGGAGUUUGAGAGAAAGGGCACUCCUGUAAAUGAAGACAAAGGCUUGUAUGAGUCCGUGAGAUCAGUACCACGUACUUCAUCAAGAAAUGAUUCUAAUCGAGGACCUCAUUCUUAUACCUCUUCAAGAGCUUCUGAAAGUUCCUCAACGAAGGUGAAAUUCCUCUGCAGUUUUGGUGGUAAAGUUCUGCCUCGUCCUAGUGAUGGAAAGCUUAGAUAUGUUGGAGGUGAAACACGUAUUAUUCGGUUGAGCAGGAAUAUAUCUUGGCAGGAUCUUAUGCAGAAAACAUCAACAAUUUAUAGUCAAACUUAUACAAUAAAAUAUCAGCUUCCUGGUGAAGAUCUUGAUGCAUUGGUUUCUGUUUCAUGUGAUGAGGAUCUACAAAACAUGAUGGAGGAAUGCAGCGGACUGGAAGAUGGUGGAUCCCAGAAACUUAGGAUGUUUCUUUUUUCCAAUAGUGAGAUGGAUGACUCUCAGUUUGGUAUGGGUAGCAUUGAGGGUGAUUCUGAGAUUCAGUAUGUGGUUGCUGUGAAUGGAAUGGACAUAGGAUCUAGAAAGGAUUCAAUUGGUUUGGCAAGUACAUCAGAAAACAAUUUGGAUGAGUUACUCAGUCUUAAUGUUGGAAGGGAGAGUAGUCAAGUUGCAGCAGAAUUGGCUGGGGCUAGCAUUGCACCUGUGAUGGUGAAUGUGCCUUCAUCAACAAUCCAGUCAACACAACCAGUGCUGCAAAGUUUGUCUAAUUAUGCACCUGCAGGUGAAAAUGUAGUUCAGAUGCUGCUCCAUGGGAAUCUGACUCGCGAGGGAGCUUUGGCUGAAGAGCAGCGAUAUGGUGGUUUGCAUGAUAUUGAAACUGUGGAGGCAAACUUGAAGAGGAAUAGCUCAGCACAAAAAUUGAAUGAAUCUGAAAUUCGUUCUCUGGACAAGGAAUUGUCAGCAAAGGAGUCUAAAAUGAAAAGAGAUGCCUCGGUCCAUGAAAUGAAAGAACCUGAAGCCAUUCGAUCUUCAGAAAAAGAGUUCACUGUAACUCCACAUCCAGUAGAGGUGUCAUUUGCCAAUUCUACAGCAGACAUGGGGGCAACUUUGUUUCCUUUUAAAAAUAAUAAAAGGCAUCAGGAACCAGUGCAGACUUCAAUGCCUCCUGAAACUUUAACUGAAGGAAAAAUGAAUAAGUUUAACAACGAUGAUCAUUCUCACACAUCUGGCGGAGCACUUAUUCCAGGAUAUGGUGGCUGCGAGGCUGACUUGGCUGACUUUAGCCACCUUGAACCAGCAGUGAUACCUCAGCGGGUUUUUCGUUCAGAGAGAAUUCCCAGGGAGCAGGCAGAACUAAACCGUUUGUCAAAAUCUGAUGAUUCCUUUGAUCCUCAGUUUUUUAUAACACAUGCACGCCCUGAUAUUUCUCAACCUAUUACAGAAUCAGUUGACAGAUUCCAUGAUGGAAAUGUCUCUUUGCAGACUGAGCAAGCAAAGCUGCUGAAAACAAAUCCUCCUACUGUUGAAGAUGGGUUGGCACCAUUUGACAAGUAUAAAGAAUUAGCUGGAAAUAUUUCUGAUGAAGGUUCUGAGUUGAAGUUACAGAAUUCUGCCGUGAAGCACGCUGUACUUCCUCCUGUGGAUGGGCAUGGCGUUAGCCAGUUCAAAGAGAGUUACAAUGAUCUUCCUAUUAAUGAUAAAGCAGCUGCUGCAGUAAAUCAUCCAAUGGUAAGUAAAGGUACUUCCGGUAAGGACCAGGAUGAUUCUGCUUCUAGGCAACAAGAGGUUAAUUGGGUUGAGAUAGCUGCCAACAAGAACAGUGGUAAUAACAGUAAGGGGCAUGCACAGACUUUGGCUUGGACAGAGAAUCCAGUCAGGGCAGCUCCUCAAGGGGAGUCCUCUGUUGGUGUUGGCACUCCUGGGCAGGGAGAUAUUCUUAUUGAUAUAAAUGAUCGCUUUCCUCGUGAUUUUCUGUCUGAUAUAUUCUCCCAGGCAAGAAUCUCUGGGGAUCUCUCUGCAAUUGGUCCAUUGACUGGCGAUGGGACUGGAUUGAGUUUGAAUAUGGAGAAUCAUGAGCCGAAGCAUUGGUCUUUUUUCCAAAAGUUGGCCCAGGAUAUUAGAAAAGAUGUUUCCCUUAUAGACCAGGAUCCUGCUGGCUUCUCAUCUCCGCUUGCUAAUAUUGAAGAAGAGGCUCCUCUAUACAGUUUUACACCUUUAAAAACUGAUGGUCAUAUGGAUUCCCAUAUAAAUUUUGAUGAGAACAUUCACCGAGAGACCUCCACUAAUGUUCAACCUAACACCAUGGAUUUGCAUUCAGAUUCACAAAUCAAUGGCAAUGAAAGUGUGCAGUUCAAUGUUACAGUGAAAGCAAGAGCACCAGAAUCGGAGUAUGAGGAAGGGAACCUAAUGAUACAAAAUCCUGGUGCACCUCUUGUGGAUCUUUCCCUGGGAGAUUUUGACAUUAGCACCUUGCAGAUCAUUAAGAAUGAAGAUCUUGAAGAGCUGAAGGAGCUUGGUUCUGGCACAUUUGGCACUGUCUAUCAUGGGAAAUGGAGGGGAACUGAUGUUGCCAUUAAGCGGAUAAAGAAUAGCUGUUUCACGGGCCGUUCAUCUGAGCAGGAGAGAUUGACAGUGGAGUUCUGGCGCGAAGCUGAAAUACUCUCAAAACUUCACCACCCCAAUGUGGUAGCAUUUUAUGGUGUAGUGCAGGAUGGACCAGGGGGAACACUAGCCACAGUGACAGAAUUCAUGGUGAAUGGUUCUCUUAGGCGUGUUUUGCUUUGUAAAGAUAGGCACCUUGAUCGUCGCAAGCGGCUCAUAAUUGCAAUGGAUGCAGCUUUUGGAAUGGAAUAUUUGCAUUCUAAGAAUAUUGUGCAUUUCGAUUUAAAAUGUGACAAUUUGCUUGUGAACUUGAAGGAUCCUUUGCGGCCCAUUUGCAAGGUUGGUGAUUUUGGUUUAUCAAAAAUCAAAAGAAACACUUUAGUUACUGGUGGUGUAAGGGGAACCCUCCCAUGGAUGGCUCCAGAGCUAUUGAAUGGUAGCAGUAGCAAGGUUUCUGAAAAGGUUGAUGUGUUCUCCUUUGGUAUUGUCUUAUGGGAGAUUCUCACUGGUGAGGAGCCUUAUGCUAAUAUGCAUUAUGGAGCAAUCAUAGGCUUCUGCGACCCUGAAUGGAGAUUGUUAAUGGAGCAAUGUUGGGCCCCUGAUCCCGUGGCUCGACCUUCAUUUACAGAAAUUGCUAGACGCUUGCGUGUGAUGUCUGCAGCUAGCCAAUCUAAGCCACCGGGCUAUCAGGCACAAAACCAGGUAUCAAAGUAAUUGUGCUUGAUGCCUCCUGUCUACCCCCCCUCCCCUUUUUUUUUUUUCAUUAAGAAAAAAAAAAAUAUAAAUUCCUAUCAUACAUUGUGUUGAGAGGAAAGCAGUCCUUUGUUUGCACUGUAAAUUUUAGAGUGUAUUGUAUGCGUGGGGAGAAUGGGCUCCCAUCGAGUGUGCGAGAUAAUAGGUGGUUUUCAAAAUUACCACCGGACUCUGUUUUGUGCAAAUUUGAAGAAAUUAUAGUUAUAUAAUUAUAUGUAAAGCUAUUAUUUGUACCAA